AUGUCGAGCUAUCAUAUGUCGGGUGCUGAAUAUUUGGCAUCAAUUUAUGGCACAGAAAAAGAUAAGGUGAACUGUUCGUUUUAUUUCAAAAUUGGUGCUUGUCGACAUGGCGAUAAAUGUUCUAGAACUCAUAUCAUGCCUUCAUUCUCACAGACAGUGUUAUUAAAAAAUUUGUAUCAUAAUCCAAUGAUCGACACAAGGCAAGCUGAUGCAUUUGCUAAGGUUGGCCAGCAAAAUGAACAAGAGCAGGAAUAUUUCGAGGAAUUUUUUGAAGAGAUUUUCACUGAAUUAGAGGACAAAUAUGGACCAAUUGAUGAAAUGAACGUAUGUGAUAAUAUUGGUGAGCAUAUGAUUGGUAAUGUCUAUGUGAAAUUUGAAAAUGAAGAAGAUGCUGAUAAAUGUGUGAAAGGAUUGGAGAACCGUUGGUUCAAUGGAUGCCCGAUAUAUGCUGAGCUAUCACCUGUCACUGAUUUUCGUGAGGCUUGUUGUCGACAGUAUGAAUUAGGUGGUUGUAAUAAAGGAGCAUUUUGCAAUUUUAUGCAUUUGAAGCAAAUUUCUCGUGAUUUACGUCGCAAAUUAUAUGGUUCAAGAGCCGAUUAUCGUGGUGGUGGAUAUUAUGGAGCUGGAGCUUGGAAUGGAGGCUAUGAACAAGAUCACGGUUAUGAUAGAAGGAGAUAUCGAGGUGGUGGGCGAAGACGUUCAAGGAGUCCUCGAUCCAGACAUCGCUAUUAA